GUUAACACCAGGCACAGUUGCAUGACGAAAGACGCGAGCUUGAUGGGCAGGCAGCAUUUUGUUGGUCGGGAACUCACUGCAACUUCCUUUUACUCUCAGACUUACCAUAUUUCUGAAUUUCUGAGACUCCCGUCGAAAAUUUUGCCACAGAGGCUAUACUGAACAGCAACCAAGCACCGAGGCAACCAGCGAGCACAACGAGCAGCACCCAAAAAGUGGCAAUCCCGUGUCCUCUCAGCCUGCGCCCGCCAUGUUGCUACGGCUGCGCUCUCCCGAUGGCAUGUUCCGCCUCUCGGCGGACAAGGAUGAGAGCUUCGCCGACCUUAUUGGCAAGCUUGUCCCGCAGCUUCCUUCGACCGUCGACCCCCAGAGCAUAACGCUCUCGAACCACCCGAGCGGUGGUGACGCGAAGAAGAUUGGAGAGAUUGCCAGGUUCAAGAUUUCUCAAGUUGGGUUAAGUCACGGUGACCUCAUCUUCGUCAGUUACAAGCACCAGGACACCGUCACAAACGGAGCCGUCGAUGCCCAUCCGCCAACCACACUGUCGUCAUCCUCGAACCGGCUCAGCGGCAAACCGAUUCUGCCGACCGAAGACCACCCCAUCGACCCUCCGCCCAACACGUCCCCCGAACGGAUCAGGAACCCCUGGGAAGUGGUCAGGCAGUCCCCUCUGGAUGACCGGCUAGACAAGAAGGAUGGAAAGAUACCGAGGAAGAGGGACAAGAUGUGCCGUCACGGGCCAAAGGGCAUGUGCGACUACUGUAUGCCCUUGGACCCAUUCGACCCCCAGUACCUCGAGGAGAAGAAGAUCAAAUACAUGUCGGUGCACGCCUACAUGCGCAAGAUCAACUCGGCGACAAAUAAGCCGGAGCUCGGGAGCUCCUUCAUCCCGCCGCUUGUCGAGCCCUACUACCGGGUGAAGCGCAACUGCCCGUCUGGCCAUCCCGAGUGGCCCGAGGGCAUCUGCACCAAGUGCCAGCCGAGCGCAAUCACGCUCCAACCGCAGCCCUUCCGCAUGGUCGACCAUGUCGAGUUCGCCUCGCCGCAGAUCAUAGACAGGUUUCUCGACGCCUGGCGGAGGACCGGAACACAGCGCCUGGGUAUUCUCUACGGCAGAUACCUCGAGUACGACGUGGUGCCGCUCGGCAUCAAGGCCGUGGUCGAGGCCAUCUACGAGCCGCCACAGGUCGACGAGAUCGACGGCGUGACGCUUGGUGCGUGGGAAAAUGAGCAAGAGGUCAACGCAGUCGCCAAGCUGUGCGGGCUGGAACAGGUCGGCGUGAUCUGGACCGACCUUCUUGACGCGGGCAAUGGAGACGGCACUGCCAUCUGCAAGCGCCAUGCCGAUUCCUACUUCCUCGCCUCUCAGGAGGUUGUCUUUGCCGCGCGGAUGCAAGCUCGACACCCCAAACCCAGUAAGUGGAGCGACACCGGGAGGUUUGGCUCCAACUUUGUCACCUGUGUGGUCUCGGGCAACGAGGAAGGCGAGAUCUCCAUCUCGGCCUACCAAAUGUCGAAUGAUGCCGUCGAGAUGGUCAGGGCAGACAUUAUCGAACCAUCGGCCGAUCCCACUCUGAUGCUCGUCCGGGAGGAGGAGGAGGAGGACGGCUCCGUGAGCAGGACGCGGUACAUCCCCGAAGUCUUCUACCGCCGGAUCAACGAGUACGGCGCCAACGUGCAGGAGAAUGCGAAGCCGGCGUUCCCGGUCGAAUACCUCUUCGUCACGCUCACCCACGGCUUCCCGGAGACGCCGAAGCCCGUCUUUACCGACAGCGGAUUCCCCAUCGAGAACCGAGAGUACCUCGGCGAGGCCCAGGAGGUCUCGGCCGUUUCCAAGGCUUUGAAGGUCAACCAGAAAGGCGACGCCCUCCCCGUUUCGGACUUCCACCUCCUCUGCUUCAUUCACCAAAUGAGUGUUCUAUCCAAGGAGGAAGAGGCCCUCCUCUGCCGUGUCGCCACCCAGCACGACCUGGCCGAGUCCUUCCAGCUGCGGUCAACCACGGGAUGGCAAACGCUGCACAUGAUCCUGCAAUCCACUGGCUGAACGGAUCCGGACCCCGCCGCGCUGACCAGCCGCCCUAAGGUUGGAUCGGCCGCCUUGCUGAGAGGCAGGAACGGUGUUUGGCGCCUGCGCCAGCAGGCGUGCUUGGCCUGCUACAUUUAGGCAUCGACCCAAUUGGUUUGACGAGGAAAAGAAACGAUUGAUGUUGUCGGGCAACUCGAGGGGAUAAAAGACUCACAGAGGGGGGGG